GCCAGAGACGUGGAGGUCGUCAUCCAAGGGCUCGGCGGCGAGUUGUUGAUGACCCUGACGCUCCCGAAGAGCACCCGUAUUAGGGACGUGGCACGGAAGCUGAAAGAAGCCAAGCCAGAAUGGCAAAGCAGCCGAAUCCUCUUCACCAGAGAGGACCAAGUUUUCAAAGCCAUUCAGAAACUGGCUGAGGUGGAAAUCGACCGAAAGUUCGAGGUAACUGCAACUGCUACACAGAGCCUUCAGGCAAUUCAGAGGUGGUGCCAUGAGUUGUUUGAAGAGGCCAUUGCUGCCGAGAUGGAUGAGGAGGAAUACGCAGAUGUGCCUUUCGAGAAGCUGCCGCUGGAUAGCCUGGCUGACACGCACUUGUACUCACUCUUGCACAAGGAGUUUGGAGACUUCCUCCCAAAGCCGCUGCAUUAUCCAAACA